CCUUCGAUUCUUGUGUUUAACGCUCAAAUUUCUAUAUUCUAUUUAUGUUUUGUCGUGUAUCUGAGUUGGGGAUUGAAGUUUCGAAGGGUUUGAGGUGGUUGUGUACGAUAUUAGCGGGUUAGGGCUCGCCGGAGUCGUGUGGCGGCGUUGGUGGAUAACUAGGUUAGGCGAUUGAGGGGUUCGAGGGGGGGCUGCUACGGCGGUGACGCCGCCGUGACUGUCCGGAGAGGAACGGCGUAGGGAGAUGGUUGGGUGUGGUGCGGGCGGCGAUGCGGUUGAAACGAGGAGGGGCUGCUGUGGGGUAUUUACCAUGGUUUCUACCAGAUCAAUGUCCGGAACAACUAAGAAACCAGAUACUAAGGUUGCUGUGAAUGACAAACAGGAAGCCUCCACGACAGCAAGGAACAAAGCAAAGUUCAGAAAUACUAAAAAAAUUGCCAAGUCUGGGGCAACUAAAAAAGUGGCUCAUGAGGGAUGCACAACAGCGCCCUGGUCAAUGAUUACCGAUGCUUACUGCUUUUUCAUGAAGGACUCGAAGGCAAAAUAUUAUGAGAAGAAUGCAAAAUAUUAUGAGAAGCAUCCACGAGGCCGAAUAAUGCCAGAGGAGCUCCGAGAUGUUAUCAUGCAGAAAUGGAGGGAUAUGAGUGAUGCGGACAAAGCUCCGUAUGUUGAAUGUGCUGAGGAAUUGAAGGCUCAAGGACUUACCUAUCUGACUGCUGUGGAUGACGAACAGGAAGUCUGUUACAAAGCAAAGUUCGGAACAACUAAAAAAAUUGCCAAGUCCGGAAAAACUAAAGAAGUGGCUGAUAAGGGAUGCACAACAGCUGUUUGGUCAGUGAAUGACGACGCUUAUUGCCUUUUCUUGAAGGACUCUAAGGCAAAAUAUUAUGAGAAGCAUUCACGACGCCAGAUAAUGCCAGAGGAUCUCCGAGAAGCUAUCAUGGAGGAAUGGAUGGGUAUGAGUGAUGCGGACAAAGCUCCAUAUGUUGAAAGUGCUGAGAAAUUGAGGGCUCAAGGACUUACCUAUCUGGAUUGAGAAGACUUGUGUGGGAUAGAAGACUUUUGUACAAAGACUGAUAAAUUGAUGUGUUUUAUUUGUACUCAUCUUGGAUAAAAUUUCAAGAACACAUGUAGUUUGAUGAAUUUUCAAGUAUGUGCCUUUUGGGAUGAAAUAUCUACUUUUAUGGA